AUUCCGUAGACGGGCUCGCUGGUAACAGUCCCGUUACAUUUCUAACGUAACUUAAAGUCGGCAAGGCUGUCACAUGACUGAUUAUAGUUAAAGUUAAAACAAAAAUAGUAAACAGCAUUAUUUUAUUUUUGGAUAUCAAUUGAUAAUUACUUGGACAAGAGCACAUUUAUCAACUUUUCACCUAGCGCCUUUGUGUAAAAGGAAAGACAACUGUUUUGAAUGCCAUAUGUUUUCUCGUGGGUCUAUAUUGAAAUAUAAAUGUAGUUUUACAAAACGCCAAAGCCAUGUUUCAAACGGAGGAUUGUUGUGAAUCUGAUCUGGCAACAAGGAAGGAGGAGGCUGAGUGUUGCUGCAGACACGCUCAUACUAGUCACUAUCUUUAGACAUUGGUCAGGCUCCGAAUAUGUUUUGCGAAACAACUAUUGAGAGUUGCGGAGAGGUGUGACGAAGUUCAGACUUUAUGAAAAGACAUGACAUUUUUAACGCUAGUAACUUUUCUUUAGAAGCAGAUAGUAUAUGGUUGUUGUUGUUGUGCAAAAGAGAAACAACCGUAUGACUUGUUCGUGAGAUCUUUGUGGGGAAGUUAGAGGUUUACACAGAGGCUAGCUGAGGCAACGUAAACUGGUGGUUUGCUGGUGCAGAACAAUACGUAGUGUGACUUUUAAUAUUAGUUUCAAACCGACAAUAAGAGAGGUUUUGGACUGGGCUGAAACAUGACUUCCCGAGCGGGUUUUCCAGGGAGUCCUGGUUCUCUGAUGAACCCCGGAGUGAACCCCGUGAACCCAGGACAUGCGGGCGGGAUGAGGAUGGCUGUUAUGCAGCCCAACUCGGGAUACCGUGGAAUGCCCAAUUCUGCUCCCCCCUACCACCAGUCAUCUCCACAGCGUCACAUGCUCCCCAACAGAGGGAUGCCCAUGCCGGGGAUGGGGGGAAUGGGAGGGCCAAUGCCAGGACCAUCUUACGGCGGAGGUAUGCCAAUGCGGUCGGGCAUAGGCCAGUCUUCCAUGGACCCCACCCGAAAACGGCUCCUCCAGCAGCAGCAGCAGUCUGCAGGGAUGGCAGGGCACAGGAGAGGUGGAAAACGACGAAAGAUGGCCGACAAAGUGCUCCCACAGAGGAUCCGAGACCUGGUCCCAGAGUCCCAGGCUUACAUGGACCUGCUGGCCUUCGAGAGAAAGCUGGAUCAGACCAUCGCCCGCAAGCGCAUGGAGAUCCAGGAGGCCAUCAAGAAGCCCAUCACGCAAAAGCGCAAGCUGAGGAUCUACAUCUCCAACACCUACACACCUGCGAAGCCUGAGGGUGAGGAGGCAGAGAAAGUGUCAUCAUGGGAACUCCGAGUGGAAGGAAAACUGCUGGAGGACCCAGGGAAACUGAAGAGGAAGUUCUCCUCCUUCUUCAAGAGCCUGGUGAUCGAACUGGACAAAGAGCUCUAUGGUCCAGACAACCAUCUGGUGGAGUGGCACAGGCUGCCCACCACCCAGGAGACGGAUGGCUUCCAGGUGAAGCGGCCGGGUGACAUUAACGUCAAGUGCACCCUCCUGCUCAUGCUAGACCACCAGCCCCCCCAGUAUAAACUGGACCCGCGUCUGGCCAGGCUGCUCGGGGUGCACACCCAGACGAGAGCCAGCAUCAUGCAGGCCCUGUGGCUCUACAUCAAGAACAACAAGCUGCAGGACAGCCACGAGAAGGAGUACAUCAACUGCAACCGCUACUUCAGACAGAUCUUUACCUGCAAUCGCAUGAAGUUCUCUGAGAUUCCCCUCAAGCUGGCCGGCCUUCUCCAGCAUCCUGACCCGAUUGUCAUCAACCAUAUGAUCAGUGUGGACCCUAACGACCAGAAGAAGACGGCGUGCUUUGACAUCGACGUGGAGGUGGACGACCCACUGAAGGCCCAGAUGACCGGCUUCCUUUCCUCCACCACCAACCAGCAGGAGAUCGCCACGCUGGAGAUGAAGAUCCACGAGACCAUUGAGUCCAUCAACCAACUGAAGACACAGAGGGACUUCAUGCUGAGCUUCAGCACCAACCCCCAGGACUUCAUCCAGGACUGGCUCAAGUCCCAGAGCAGAGACCUCAAGUUGAUGACUGACGUGGCCGGGAACCCAGAGCAGGAGAGGCGGACUGAUUUCUACCAGGCGCCCUGGGUCCCCGAGGCCGUCGGACGCUACGUUUACUCCAAGGUACAGCAGAGGAGGCAGGAGCUUGAGCAGGUAUUGGGAAUCAGACUUACCUGAGCCACACCUGGAGAACAGCCCACCCCAACUUACCCUCUUACAUCAGUUCCUGUUCUUCAGCACACCACUUCCUGUGUAUUGUCCCGCCAUAAGCAGGAGGCAAGCUAUGCUUCAGUGGGAACCAUCAUCUCUCAGUAUAUUCUGUCGGUUUUAUCAUCAAAAGACAUUUUAAUUUUUCAUUGCGGGGUUUGUCGUAUUGAUAUCAUCAGUGAAUAUCACUUCAAUCCACUAUGGUGGACCAAAGGCUUUCAUUUUUAGCGUCUUAUAUUCUCUGCAAGUGCUAGACGUUGUACUUUCUUCCAGUAAGCAAGCUCUUCCAAGUAUUGCAUUGUGAAUUGUUUUUUUGUUGUCUUUUUUCAUAUGCUAAAUUUGACAUUUGCUCAAAAAGGUGUUUGACAUUGUACCUUUGCUGGAAAGGUGUCUACCAAUAACAGGUACAUUUUCUAUCGUAGUUGUUUUGGCCUCAAGUGUUGGGAGGGUGUGGUAGUUUUGAAAAUAGAACUUUCCGGAUUGGAUGUGGAGAUGUGUGCUCAGGUAAAUGUGCUGGUGGGACAAGAACCAGCUUCUAGAGCCAUACUGUUCCUCUUCCACUGGGGACCUAGUUGGGUUUAAAAAUCGCCAUUAUGUGUUUUUCCUCUCUUGGUGUUUACAGACUAUUGUGUGUCUUUAUCCUCUUCUUUAAAAAAAAGAAUGUCUGCCAUGGUUUGAAUUGUUGAGAGUCCACUCCUCAAACAGUUUUUUUACUCAAUGGUCAGUGUGAUUCUUUAAAUUUCAUGUGUGUUGUGGAGGUUUUCCCGGUUCAUAUCUUUCGACUUAAGUAAUCAGACUUGAUCACACUGUGAUGUUUUUGACUUUGUGUGGGUUUGACUUUGUAUGGGUUUUUUUGUGUGUCGAUUUUUGUUUUACUUGCAAAAAAGGUUUAGUUAAAUAAAAGAAAAAGAAAACAUUCCAGGUUUGUACUGUGUCAUCUUGGCUGAGCCUGUUGGCUUGCAGAGGCACUGAAUGAGUAUUGUAUAGUUUGUUUAGGCUUUCAGACGUGCAGCUUAAAACCAAGAGGUUUAGAUUCAAGUAUUUUUUUUCUUUUAAAAAUUGAAUAAAUAUUCAGGAAUUGUGGAUUCCAUCCUUCUUGAAUUGGUCGACCACUAGCUUUGUCACCUUUUGAUUUCUAAGCAAAUAAAAUGUUGGUUGAAGGUUUUUGUGAAAUGUUAAGCACGUUGGUUGAAGGUUUUUGUGAAAUGUUAAGCAAAAAUGUUGGUGUUUGUUAUGUUUUUUUAUUUCCACGCCGAAGCUUUUAUACCUUUUAUAUUGAAUGUCAUUUGGUAUAUUUUUUAAAUUAAAACUUGAAUAUGAAAUCAUGAA